AUGUCUGCUACAUCAGAAUAUGAACCUGUGGCCCGGCAAGAUUACGGGCCGGCCACCUCCAGUGAAAAUAUAUAUGAACAUGUUUUGGACCAAAAACUAACAGAUAAUAUGAAUGUUCCAAGUAUUAGAACUCCUGUUUUAAGGACUGUUCCUUUAUCAUCUUCAGAUGGAGACCCUGAGCCUGACUCUACUAAUCCAGAAAGCAUUAUUCAAUCUAUACACAAAGUAGACAAAGAAGUAGGAUUCCACAUUAGUGAGAAGCAUUGUGAAGCUGAAAUGUCUGUAGACUCCUUAUCAAGAAUUGUGAGAUUAGAAGAAACCACUUUAGACAAUGUGGGUCGCAUAACCUACCCCAUAUUGCAAGAAACUGAUGAUUCGGGUGAUGGAAACUAUGUAGAUAAUGCAGCUACUCUUAUACAGGCACCAUUAAGUACAGCAAUUGUGCAAAAUGUCACUAAACUCCCGCAAAACUUUACUAUUAAUGUUGAUGCUGCAGUUGGCAAUAUAACUGCUAUACAAAAUGUAUCUCAAGAUGUUGUGGUUUCUCAAGUAUCUGCCAAUCAGCAGCUUACUGAACAAAUAUUGCAGUCAUUGAGUCAACCAAAGCUCAUGUUGCAUCAAAAUCCAACAUCUGUUAACCAUACAUUAAUUGCUACACCAAUUUUUGAGGAUCCUUUAGAAAUAAAACCAUUGAAUCAAAGAAGGAUUAUUUUUGGUGAUAAGUCUACUCUUAUAACAACUGAUGACAUAAUUGGAAUGGAAGAGAGACCCAAUCUGACAGAAGAACUUCGUAAAUAUUCAUAUCAAGCAUUGGCUUUUAUUAUGUUAGAUCACACCUAUGCAUUGCCAGCUCAAAAACAACCUUCAGCCUCAUCACCUCCUCCACCUGUAUCUACACCUGUGCCAACUAUUAUUUCCCCAACACCAGUCACCUCCCCAAAGAGUCCAGUAAAACGGACUUCACCAGUGAUAAUGUCUACGGCAUCAUAUGAUCUGCCAAUAACAGUACCAACUACUGUAGCGGGAACUUCAACACCAGUUACAACUAUACAGAUGGGAUCUCUUUCGUUUAAACCAACCCCAUCUGCACAGACUCAAGAUGAUGAUGCUGCUUCAGUGAUAUCUUCUAUAGAUGGUGACAAAAGACAAGCGGAUAGAGGAGGGAGCGACACAGAAACAGCCCCUGAAGGUGAAGAAGAGGGCAAAACCAGGUGCAUAUGUGACUUUACACAUGACGAUGGCUAUAUGAUAUGUUGCGAUAGGUGUGGGGAAUGGCAGCAUGUGGAUUGCAUGGGUAUUGACAGGCAAAAUAUACCAGAUGCGUAUAUGUGUGAAGUUUGCCAACCACGGCCGAUAGAUAGGCGACACGCUCGUAAUAUACAGCUAAGGAAGAGAGAAGAGCUAAAUGCACUUGGCGCUUCCGACUCUGAUUCCUCGGAGACAACUCGUCUGCCUGGACAACGCCGCAAAAGACUACUCACAGUAACAACUUAUACAAACACUAGUGGUUCUUGUGUUACUACCUAUAAUUCAAAUCUCGCUGUUCUACCACCAUUGCCUCAACCAAGUUUAUCUUUACCAAAACGAGGUCCCAAGAGACCAAAGAAAGCUGAAAUGGUUAGAAAAGUUGCAAAACGAAAGCUCGCCGAAAAGAGAGUUAAACGAAAGAAGGAUAUGUUUAAUAGAAGUAAAUUCAACACCAGCCUACCAAAUCAGUCGCAUUGGCAAGAUUCAUAUGAGGCUGCAAUGACAAACCACUAUAGUCCCGAGCUGAGAGCUAAAAUUAUGAAAUACAGCAGCAAGCUGGGGAAUACUCAAAGUAUGGCUUCAGCAAUAACAGCACACCUAUGUACAACAGUCCCUCAUGCUGGUGGGAAAAUACUUAUCGCGACGAAAGACCUCAAGGAAAAUACUCCCGUUAUAGAAUUACGUGGUAAGUAUAUGUUAUCAAAUCAACAUAGACCCCAAUUGCAGAACACAGCAAGGGCUGGAAGCCAAAAGCCUGGCCCCUUCGUAUUUUUCUAUAGACUCCCGAAAGACAACACACAGAUUUGCAUUGAUACGCGAACGUAUGGCAACGAGGCAAGGUUCGUACGACGAUCGUGUAAACCUAACGCGGAACUACAACAUUGCAUUAUAAAGGGAGCUCUACAUGUUUACUUGGUAACAAUUGGUGUUGUCCAAUCUAACACUGAAAUAACAGUUGGUCAUGAUAUUAAUGGCAGCAAGCAGCCCUGCGCAUGUGGUAAUCCAAAACAUUGCAAGGUUAAUGGCUUAAAUCCUAUAGUUACUAGAAAAAGUGUUGAUUACCCACAGAGAGAAAAGAGAAGUAGAAAUAGAUGUUAUAGCUCAUCAUCCCCUGUUUCACCACCUCUUGUACCAUUGCCUACCACACCAGUCAAGGUGAGUUCACCAUCAUUUAUGCAGAUAAAAACUGAGAAAAAAUCACCUAUUAAACAUGAAUUACCACCUAUGUCCCCUAUUCAAACUACAUUAAAUCUAAGUUUCGAUGAGCCAAUCAAAAGUGAAAUGUUUGAUGAUAUUAAGCCUGAAAUAGAUUUAAUGGCAAAAGAAGAAAUGAAACCAGAAUUAGACGAACCAGAUUUCGUUAAAAUAGAACCGAAAAUUGAAGAAAAAGAACCAGAAGAGGAGACCAUGAUACCAGAACCUGAGCCUGAGCCUGAACCUGAACCAGAACCAGAACCUGAGCCAUUAAUUGAAGAGCCACCACCUGAAAUUAUUAAAGAGGAAGUUAAGGAAAUUAUAAAAGAAGAAAUACCGAUAAAAAUUGAGACUGAGGUUUCAGAGGAAGUGAAAGAAGAAAUAAUGGAAGUUAAAAAGCCGAAAGAGUUACCUAAAGUUGAAGAAGAAAAACCAAUAAUUAAAGAUGUGAUAGCUAAGUCGGCAUGUCACGACAGAUCUGCACGAUCUAGCCGUACUACUUGUACUAAUCAGGACUCCUUAGAUGAUAAAACAGAUGAUUCCCAGGAUAAACUUCCUACUGUGGCUUAUGUCCAGAAAGACAAGAAAAAAAUGACUCGCGAGGAGCGAAAAAUGGAGGCUAUAAUGAAAGCUUUUGAGCGAAUGGAAAAGGCUGAACAACGUAAACAGGAGGUGAAGGAGCGGCAGAAGAGAAGAGAAUCCGAUCCUCAUCCUAAUAGUGCGGACAGGGAAGAUGAAGAAGAAAUUCAUGUUAACUCCAAAAAAAGAAAAAAACGCAAGGGACGAGCUCGGACUACUUCGCAGUCAAACCGGCGUCGUCUAAAUUCAGCUGACAGUGAUAUGGUCACAUCUGGUGAUGAGGCAAUGCCGUUGUCACCGCAAAGGCCUGCACCGCCAAUGGAGCUGGCGCACCCCUCAACUGAAGAGCAGACCCAUGAAGUUGUUAGCGAGGACCUUGGCUUAAGCUCGGCCUGUUUGCUAGUAGAAGCAGCAGUUGGUUCAGUCGAGUCCGCGUUUAAACUACCGAAAACGAAGAAAACAAUGGCUACAGAGUGGAUCGGACGCUCCCCUGAACGGACACCUUCACCAUACCACUCCCCAUAUAGGCCAGCACUUGUCUCCGCGCCCUCACUGGAGAGCUUGGUCAGAGUUGCUUCAACUAUGAUAGGUGAUCUUAGCGGAGGGCAUGAUUUGGAACAUGAAGAAGAACCACAACUCGUGGCCUCGCCCCCUCGGACACCAGGAAGGGAGAGAAACAGACCCCCCAAGAAAGCAAAGAGAAUUACGCGUAGCACACCACCUGCUGAAGUGGCCGAAGUGAUUCCUGCUUCAUUGCCUCAGCACAGUGCUAAGAAGCGUUGGUUGAGGCAAGCCAUCAGUGAAGAAAGUGACUCCCCUGUUACUGAAUCACCGCCGAACGAAAUGGUAACUCCACUGAAGAAGCGGAGAGUAGCUAGAGAAUCAUUAAGUUGUGACCAAAAUCCCAUUAUUCCUUGUAUGGACGAAUCAUCGCCAAUUUUGACGUCUGAAGACUCCCCCAUCAAAGAUGACCCACAAUCAAUUACACAACAGUACAAAAGAAAUAUAAUGGACAGUAUGUACAGUAGGGACAGAACUAGGUCAGAUAGUGGACAAGGUUCAGAUGACCAAUGCAACAUGGAACAUGAUGUUUUGAAUGUCAACCUAAAAGUACCUCAUGAUAGUGAAAAUAUAAGAAGAAUUAUAGGUGUACCGACGCCCGAAGAAGAGUUUGUACCGGAUUUGGUGAAAUCAAAUGAUGUAAGUAGCAAUAACAACAAUUUAGACAUGGAAGAGAGCAAUUACAAUAAAGUAGUACCAAUGGAGAUAGACACAACAAUAAUAACUCAGGCUAAAAUCCAGGAGUCAAAUGAAAAUAGUAAUGAACUGAAGGAAGUAAAUAGUUCACAGUCAGCGGACACUAGUGGUAACUCCUCACCGCAGCGUGAUGAAAUGGAUGAUAUACAAAAAAAGAUCCAUUCUUUUCAUACAGAGAACAUCCUAAUAUUAAAGAGCAGAAACAAGAAACCUCCAAAAGAGAAACGGAAGAAAGUUAAUCUUAACUUCGAUCUAAACAUGGUCGAUGAUCAAAUCAGUAUUCAACUACGUACUGAAAACGAUUCAAAUUCAAAGUCGUCUGAUAUCAAUGGCGAUCUUCAUGAGGAACUCAGCAACUCUAUACAGGACGACGCUAAAAUGCUUGUCUCUCCAGAGAAUAUACCCUUGCCACCUGUAGAGACUAUACCUCUUCCGGCUUCAGAAAACUUUCAUCUGCCUGCCCCUGAAAAUAUACCACUACCUGAAGAUCCCAGUCCAAUGCCUGUUAUACCACCACCAGAGGCAAUACCACUACCAGAAGAGCCCAUGACUCCCGUUAGUGUAGUUGCCCAUGAGUCAUCAUGUUCCCCACCUUCAAAUAAAGCUGAGGAAAAGGAAGUCAAUACGAUGGAUAGACCAUCUGUUCUGGACUCAACCCUUCCCUUUUCCACGCGUUUCAGCUCCACCGGUCUAUUCUCGGGAAUAUUUAGCAAUAUGUCAAGUUCAUUUAAGUUGGAUAGCCCAAUAAAUGAGAACAUACCAAAUAUGUCGAUUAUAAAGAGUGCAAUAGAUAGGACUACAAGUUUAGACAAUAGUUUGUUUGAUAAGGACAGCGUAACGCCAGUGGAUGAGUUGAAAAGUGUACAGGAGAUAUUGACUCGUGUGAAUAAUAUGGACUCAAACAAUAGUGUUUUGUUGUCGGGUGUGCUGAAGAACUCUAACAAGAGCAUGUUGCCUUCGCCAUCCCCAAGGAAGCUCUCCAUCACGGAGUACCGGAAGAGGCACAAGUGCGCGGCGAGCGAUUCCGGCUCGCCCGCCUCCGCCGGCGAGGCGCACGAGGCCCACGAGGCUCAGGAGGCCCAAGAGGCGCACGAGGCGGGCGACGGCUGCGAGGCGCACGAGGCGCCCGAGGCGGGCGUCGAGUGGUCCUCGGAGUCGUCGGCGGGCGCGUCCCUCUCGCCGCAGAGGCUGGACGCGGCCGCCGCGGCGGCGGUCGAUGACCUCGAGCAGCGGCUCCACAGGGAACUAAGCGCCGCGCACACGCCGCGAGAUGGCGCGGCGGUGGCCAAGCGGUGCGACAGG